AUGGUCAAGCAGGAACAAAAUACGGUGCAAGCAAUGUUCGACUUUGACCCCCAGGAAGAAGGAGAGUUGAGAUUCCGUCGUGGAGAUAUUAUCACAGUUCUUGAUAAGUCAGAUCCAAAUUGGUGGAAAGGACAGUGUCACGGUGUAACAGGAAUGUUCCCUGCUCCUUCAUUUCUUAGUGUAGCUACAAAUGGCCAACAAGAAGAAAAGGAAGCACUCCAAGAAGGGCUUCUCACCUCCUCUGGUUUCAUCCCUAAAGUCCCCUCAGCCUUUCAGGAAUUGCCACCAGGACCUCCCGGGUUGGAACCCCCAUAG